UCUUUUGAUUCGAAGAUUAGAAGUAUCUUCUGUCGAUCAUGUCCAUUGUCCAAUAAUUAAUCCGUUGUUUCUGCUAGAUAAUGGAUGAAACGAGUUGCUCUGGAAAUCUCUGCGCCUGAGAAGCAGAGUAAGAGAGGUGGUGGUUUUGGCCAUGGCGGCCGCCGCAAAGGUGCUUUCUUUUCUAACUGCAAGCUUUCUUCUUGUUCACUUGGUUACCACGGUGGCAGCUUCCUCCGUCGGCCAUGAGAUCCGCAGAGGCUUCUCAGCUGGCCACGACACCUCCUAUUCCCAAUUCCAGCCCCUGCUCGCCGACCCCACUGGCGUCUUCUCCCUCGGCUUCCUCCGCGCCGCCGCCUCCGACUCCGACUCCGACCAGCUAAACCUUGUUGUCCUCCACCUCGCCUCCUCCACUGCUCUCUGGCACGCCGCCCUCGCGCGUCCCCUCCUCUGGGAGGCACCUGUUUCCUUAUCCUUCAACGGCAGUCUUGUGCUGUCGGAUGCAGAAACGGGGAUUCUCUGGUCGACUCCUGCGAUCGACGCUGGCGAUCGCCUCGUGCUCCUUAACUCGUCCAACCUUCAGGUCCAGAAACUGGCGGCGAUGACCGCCGUGGUGGUGCUCUGGGAAAGUUUCGAUUUUCCGGCGAAUACGCUGGUUCAAGGUCAGAACUUUACCUCGGCCGCCGACGUUAAGUCUACAGACCAGCGCUUUUCGAUGAGGGUGGAGGAGAGUUACCUCGCCCUUUACAUGGAGCUCCCCGGAGGCACGCCGCCGGUGAUGUACUGGAGGCACGCAGCCAUGGAAGCCAAGGCCGAGAUCGUCGCCGGCGGAGGACCGAUAUACGCGCAGGUGGGAGAGGGGUUUCUAGGGAUGUACCAAAACGAGUCCGCUCCAGUCGACGUGCUCCCCUUCAAAAGCUUCAAUCUAGGAAUCCGCGGUUUCCGCCGCUUAACCCUAGAAUCCGAUGGCAACCUCCGAGCUUACUACUGGAACGGCACGAUCUGGGCCAAGGACCUUGAGGCCAUCGCCGACCGCUGCGAUAUCCCCACAUCCUGCGGCGCCUAUGGGCUCUGUGACUAUUCAGGCGGAUGCGGCUGCCUCGACGGCGCCAGGAAGGCGGAUAGGUGCCUCCCGGCGGCCUCCGGCGACUUCUGCGCGGCCGGAGCGAACGAGUUCGGAAUCUUGAGGAGGAAAGGAGUCGACUUGGCGAACAAAGUACUGGCGGCGAACGAAAAGGUGGGAUCUUUGGAAGAGUGCGAGGCUUCCUGCGAGCGGAACUGCAGUUGCUGGGGCGCGAUCUACAACAACGCUUCAGGUUACUGCUACCGGUUGGACUACCCCAUACAGAGCCUAGUGGCGGCUGACGAGAGCAAGGAGGGGUACUUCAAGCUCAGGCCGAGCGGCGGCGGCGGCGGCCGCAGUAGGAAGGUAAAGGUGGCGUUUCUGGCGGUGGGCAGUUUGGUGUUAGUCGGAACGACGACUGCGGCGGUUGUUGCAUACGGUGUACGGAGGCGGCGGCGGGGAGUGACGGCGAGAGUGGAGGGAUCGAUGGUGGAAGGGCUGACCCCAGGGCCUUACAAAGAUCUCAAUUCAGCUUCGUUUCGAUCUAUCGAGCUCUCCUAAACUCACAGAUUGCUAUUAAUUUAAGAAUCAUAGUGGUCCACGAAUGCCUCUGAAAUAUUCAGCAUCUUUCUCCAUCUCUGCAUUCACCUCCUUCGUUGGAUUCUGAUAACGCAAUUUACAAAGAAGGCGGCGUCAAGAAAGAUAUACUCAAGGAAAACAUAAGUGAAUGAAAUGUUUGAUUUUUUUUUUUUUAUAAUCCAAAUAUCUAUCCUUCGUCUUCAUCUUGAAGGUGGACCACACUAAUCAUUGUAAGUGAACAUUAAGUCUUUGAUCAAAAUAAUGUAUCCAUAGUUCCUUGUCACAAAAAAAAACA